UGCGCAGGCGUGCUCCGUUCCCUUGGCAACGCGGUACACAAGUGCUAUCCCUGGCAGCUCACGAUGUGCUUCGGCAAAGCGGAGACGUCGAAUAACUACUCCUUUGGAACACGUCAACAGAGGAAGCUCUUUCCUCACUACCAUGCCCCAAACUUGUUGGGGAACAAGUUUCUUCCUCUUAGGGGAUCGCCCCGCAGAGGGCCUGGGUGUUACAUAUUAGAAGAUACGUAUGGCUUGGCAUACAACCUAACUAAGAUACCGACGAGUAUAAAAGGAUAUACUUGUGGAGCCAGAACAGCCCUGAGGUUUAAGCCAAUCAACAAGGAUAUGACACCUUACCCAGGCAUGUACCAGAGAACAACUCCUCAGGAGGAAAAACACAAACAAAGUUUUGCUCCUUUUAAUGUCUUGAUGCCUCGAUUUAGGAACUACUCAAAGGACACUUAUUAUCCUGGUCCUGGCACAUACAACCCAGAGAAGAAACCACCUCUAAAAAUUGCUUGGCCAAUGAAAUUUGGAUCUCCAGACUGGGCUCAGGUUCCAUGUCUACAGAAAAGAACCCUGAAAACUGAGCUAUCCACAGACAAAGACUUUAGAAAGCAUCGGAAUCGUGUAGCCUACCUAAGCCUGUAUUACAAUUGAGAAGUGGUGACUACCUUCACGUGCUCCUUCUGACCACAGAAUCUCCAAGACUGAGGACAGAGCUGCUCUUCUCCCUCUGCAUUACUGUGGCCUUCUUGUCCGCCAGCAUGGGGUCCAGGGAGGGGCAGGGGGCUCAUGACUGCUGUAUGAGAGCAUAAAGACUACUUCAGAGUG